AUGGCCGUGUCCACGAUUUGUCCGAUAGAUCGUCAUCGACCAUCGUUCCUACUUUCCCUCAUCUUGGUCAUCAUCUUCCCAAUCCUCGUGUCGAAUACUAACGCUCAGAAAACCGACCACGCUAACGCUUAUGUGAAAAAGUCCGAAGACAGAAAUUCGGAACUCUCGAAGAUCAAAUCUGGCAGAGAUCAACGGGACAAACAGUCGAUCAAAUCCACAAACGAGAAUAGUCCGGAGCUGAAUAAAUUCUUGGACGACGUUCUGAAGGCUCAAAACGAUUUAAGGUGGAUAGAUCAAAGGGUGCAUAAUCAAGGCGUCAAUCGCGAGAAAAAAAGGAGGAAAGUGGCUAAUCUGUUUCCUAUGUACGACAAAGAAACGACAGACGAUCAAAUUCCGAAAGAUUGGUCCAAGCCGAAUGAUCUCUGUUCUCUGAGCGAUUGGCUGAACUCGAACAUGAAUCCCAGAGACGAACAGGAUAAAUCAGGGGAUCGAUGGAUCCACGAUUACGAAGUUGAUCAGAAAAACACCUUGAACUUGAACGAGGAAUCGAGCUCGAAAGCGGACGUGAGGAAUCAGCGAAACGAGCCCUCCCUGGAGUCUCUGAAAGAAACGAUAUUAGAACUGAAGAAAAGCCUGAACGAAAGCGAGAAGAAACAGCGGGAAAAUUCCAAAAGCGCGGAGGAGAAGGAGACGAGAGACAAGCACCGAAAAGACGUGAACGACGAAGUAGAAACAAACUCCGCCUGGCGGGAAGAGAAGCUGAAUCUACGAAAGCGUGAACAGAAGCCGGAGGAUGCCGACGAGAAGAAUGCUCGUCCGAAAGCGUGGAGAACGAAGAGGACCGAAGUUAAUAAAGACGAUGACGGUAACCCGAAACUCUUUGGUAGAGCGAGGUUUGGGGCGUUGUACCCUGUACAAAGCUCCCUAAACGUGCCUCGUGACCGUAAAAGACGUAGCAAAGAAACGUCUGAGAAAACGGAUGAGAAACGUCGUUUAAACGAGGCUCAAGGUGAAAAUAACUCUGAGAGGGCUGAUGAGAAGAAUUCGAUGGAAACGUCAAACGUACGUCCGGGUCUCGGCAACGUGGACGACGUGCAACGAACAGACACCUUCAAGAACGAUCCAGCUGACACCGUGAAUCCGGACGUCUCGAUAGUGACCAGAGACGAGAACAAGGAUGCAGAAACAGUCGGAGAUGGGGAACGAUCGAGCCUGUCGCAGGGAAAUCUGAACCGGUUGACGGAGGAGGGUGGAAAGAGCGAAGGCCUCGAGGGAAAUUCUUUGGGAACCUUAGAAUCACGAAAAAUCGCUGUCUCGAAUCAAGAAAGUAUCGAUGAUUCGAACAAGGAACGAGUGUUCGAACCUCGGCAGGGGAUGCGUUCGAAGGAAGAAAUCGGAGAAGCCAGCGAGGGGAACGAAAGAUCAGAAGGUUCGGGCAACGUCGACAUUCUGCUCAAGUCGGAGAACAAAAAUCUGGUGAAAUUCAGUAACCAAGCACGCGACAACUCGCGGACGGACGGUGAUCGACCGCCGUUCGCGUUGAACGUGCUCGACGUGAGGAAGAAAAUGAUCGUGGAGAACGAGGAGAAACGUGGGUCGUCGGUAUCGACGGUCGUCGACGUGAAGCUAGAGAAGGCGCGGGUGAACACACCUGUCCAAGGUGCGUGUGAACGGGGCGAGAGGAGCGAGAGGAGCGGCGAGAAGGACGAGCAAGAAGUUCCUGUCGGCGGCGAGGUUCCCGACUUCCGGACGGGCAAAGUUAAGGAAGACACGCCCGCUACGAGCCGCGUGACGAGGGUGAGGAACGGGGAUGAAAAACGACUUAAGAACUCCGCGCGAGUCGACAAAGGACCGGGACAAAGCGGCGCGUUGGAACGAGCUGGAGGAAACUGGCUCGGUGCAGCGGCUCGCGAUCGAAUGGCUGUGAACGUCGAUCAAACUGCGGCUGAGAAAUGUAAUGACCCAGGUGGAAAGGUUGAAUUCACGAGCGGGGAGGGACGGUUCAGCGAUAACAAAGAGAAGGGGUUCCCUAACAGCGGAGUUUGGGGGCUGGAACCGAACGGGGUGAACGAGGAGAACGAGGAAGAGAGAAAUAAGAAGCACAAGGAGAUAUUCAUAAUGACUAACGGGAUGGACGAUAGGGUGAUGAAUGACAGAUACGGUCAGAGGAAGAUGUUGCAGUAUAUGGAGUAUUCCAACGACGACGUGGAAGACGCUGAUGCGAGUUACAGCGACAAGGAAGAAGAGGAGAAUCAACGAGAAGCUAGCGCGGAAAAAAAUAACGCACCAACGCGAAGGAAAGAACGAUCCGUCUACAACGACAAAAAGAUGGCAAAGGUGAACGUUUUGAUAAAGGAAAAACUUAAGAAGAAGAGGAGGAAACCUACAGAGAGAGAAAGACGUAAUCCAAGUGUGAUCGAGUACUAUGACUACGAUGAUCAACAGGAUCGCGAGUUGUCACCGGCAAGCGAGCCGGAGCGAAUGAAAAAUUAUUAUCAAGAUGAGAACAUUAUCGACUCGUACGCGGCAGCCGAAACAGGAAGCAACGAAAAGUGUCCACAAUCUACGGAGAAAAUAAAGGACGAGCAAGAGGAGGCGAUCCAGAAGGAAAUCAAAAGGAAGGAAAAAUUCCAACUCAAAAAGCCGCAACAACAGUUCCUUAGCCCGGCUGCGGACACAAGAAACGCAACUAGGAUAUCAAAGUCGCCAACGCGAUCGACGAUAGUCGCGGAGGAGGAAGGAUCCUCCGGCAAUCAACGAUCAGGAUCAAGGUGA